UACAACGUCACAACGAUGGCCGACAAUGGACGCCGUGACUCGUGAACGAUCCGCCGUCCGCGAGCGAUUGUUUACCGUCGCCCCGUCGUCGGGAAUCCUUUAACGUUCAGCGGAUAUUCGCGCGCAGCGAGGUCGGGAACGUGCGUGCCGUGUUGUGUGCGAGCGAUCGCGCGUCGGACAAACCCCCGAGCGUGCUUCGGUGUGAAGUGUGUCAGUGAAGGGACAAAGGGUGUCACGUAAGUGUGCGCCGAGCCCUCGGGAGGACUCGUUCAGAAAAAAAUGCGAACGAAAGAUAUCGCGAGGACUUCGAGGAAAAAAAAGAGAGAGAAUGAGAGGGAGAAUGAGCGCUGUAAACGCUCUCCACGGCGAGAAUUUACGUAUUUAGUGGCUUUAAAUCGCCUUGCGCGACGAACUUUUCUACUAGAUAAUUAAAACAAGAUUUUUAAAAAAGGAAAAGCGGGGGAAAAAAAACCCAGUAAACAAAGUCUCCCGACAGACUCUCAAUGUGUUUGACGGGCCGGGGGUAAAAACGGUUGUACGCUGUAUAAUAUCUGUCUCUGAUAAGUAACCUCUGCUUGGGGAAGGAGUGCGCGUAGAGGAUAAAUAACUAGAACGAGAGAGGCGAUCCGGAAAGAUAAAAAGUUUCUCCGUGCUUUCAGAGACUCCGUAGAACGGCCCUUCGUGCGAGCGAGCUAUAUAUGUGCUGUCAAAUGCUGUCGAAUGCCGUCGCGUAAUCUCAACACGAACUGUCCGUAAAGCCAGUAUAGUUUAUAUUCCGUCCAUGGUCCAGAUCUCUCUGGCCAGUCCGUGUUUGUUGCCAUGUGUCCCCGUUGUCGAUUUGUGUUAGGCUUAAGGGAGCCGGGUCGGCCGGGUGCCGCUACGGCGCGCCUACGCGCUUUAAGAAAAAGUACUCCUCGGGACAGUGUGGACUUUCCGCUCGAUUCGGAAUCCCCGAACUAUCCUCCUCGCUGUACACUAUAUAGUCCCUUGCUACCGCAUUAUUGUCGUAAGAUGACGCUCGAUCCGACGGCGGCGGCGGCGGCGACGACGACGGUGGCGAGGGACAGUCCUAGUUGACCAUGGGCAGCAACACAGACGGCGACAACCUGAAUCUCAGCUGUGGGGAGAACGACAACGGCGACGAGCUGAGAAUCGCCGCGGACGAGACGUACGAUACCCGCAGUGAGGUCUCCUCCAGCAGCUCCAACUCGGACUCUAGCCAUCCUAGCAUCAGCUCGGUCUCCAGCAAGUCCUCGCGCGGCGACAAUAAGCGCAGCAAGAGGAACAGGAACAAACGUGGUAGAUCCAGGGAUUCUAAAUCGUCCAGUCCUGAGCCGAAGCGGGCCAGAUCCAAGGAAAGCAAGGGCACCACUAAGAGCUACGACUAUGCCACCAAGUUGAAUUACUUGUUUCGAGACGCAAGAUUUUUCAUCAUCAAGUCCAAUAAUGCGGAAAAUGUGACGCUAUCUAAAGCCAAGGGAGUAUGGAGCACGUUGCCGCAAAACGAAGCAAAUCUAAAUCAAGCCUACAGGGAAUCGCGAAACGUGUUGCUGGUAUUUUCCGUGAAGGAAUCAGGAAAGUUUGCUGGUUUUGCAAGACUUAGCACAGAAUCGAGAAGAGAUGCUGGUCCAGUUUCUUGGGUUUUACCACCUGGAUUAUCAGCAAAGGCCUUAGGUGGCGUAUUUAAAGUUGAUUGGAUCUGCAGAAAGGAAUUGCCGUUCACAGCCACAUUACAUUUGUACAAUCCAUGGAAUGACGGUAAACAAGUCAAGAUUGGUCGGGAUGGCCAGGAAAUCGAGCCCAGAGUUGCUGAAGAAUUAUGCAGAUUAUUUCCAGAGGACGAAGGAAUCGAGAUGACACCCAUCUUGCGGAAAUCCAAGGAAGCAGGAAAACACGUCGUAAAGACAUCGCGUUAUCGCGACAAAAGACCUAUAGGUAGUUCUAGAUUUUUACGAAGAGGUGGACGAGGACGCAAACUAUUCUUGACCUCGAGAUCACGUUUAGCGUCACUGGCGAGAGGAUCUCAAGAUGUUACAGGAAAUCAUAGGAGCUCCAGGGAUCAUUCGUACCGAUACACACCGUGGUUCAAUCGAGGCGAUUCACCUUACACAAAGGGUUACGGAACUGGUCUGGGUGUCGCCGCAGUUGCAGAGGCUUAUGUGGCAGAUUAUAUGCGUACUAUGCAACAUCAAUUGCCUCCAUUACCGCCUUACGGCCCACAUCCGUACGAUUCUCUACCACCACCUCCACCUCCAAGAUAUUACGAUGGUCUACCACUGCCUCCAGAUUACGCCAAUGCAACAGCAUCGGCACUAGAAAAGCGUAGCUACGAGAGGAGUGUCGACGAGUUCCUAUGGAGAACGGCUAGUCGUCACAGUCGGCACAGCGAUCACCGUUCUUCUCGCGAUCAUCACAGAUAUAGAGAUCGCAGAUAA